AUGAGCGACGAAGAUCUUGUUCAAUGUCCUUAUAAUCCUAAUCACCAGGUUCCUAGAUCUCAAAUAGACGAGCAUGAAAAUACAUGUAAAUUAUUGAUGGAUCCUAAUCAAGAAAUGCAAAUUACAAUGUCAUCCGACGACGAGCCAAGACCCUCAACAUCUUACCAGGAGUCACUUCAGGAGGAGAGUUCACUACAGGAGGGCAGUUCACAACAGGGAGGAAGUGAAAUGGCAACUCUUCCAAUUUCUGAGGGUAAAUCUCCUCAAGAAUGGAGAUCACCAGACAUACCAGUAAAACAGCUAAGACCUUACCCAAAACCGCUUCAAAGUAGUGAAACCUCAGCUGAAACAGAUAUAGACUUAUGUGAAUCAGAAUGUUCUUCAGAUAAUCAGUCGAAAUUACGGAUGACAGAUACACACAGUCAUACUGAGGACACUUCUUCAUCAAGCACUGACUCGACAUUUUCACUUCAUGACACUAUGCCAGAUAAAGAGAAAAAAAUUACACAUAAUUUGAGUGAAGAAUAUGUGGAACAAAUGGCUCCAGCUUCACAAGAUGAAUCUAGUUCACAACAAGCAACUAGUUCACAACAAGCAGCUAGUUUACCACAAGCUACUAUUUUACAACCGCCAAAAUUGACAUUGAAAAAGGAAGAUGAAAAAAUGGAAGUUAAAAGUAGGGUGACUCCAUCAUCAAGUUCAUUGCCACAAGUGCCUACUUCAUUAGAAGUUCCAAUGGAUGAAUCUUCUUUGUCUGAAGAGGUUUCACAAGAACAAUCAGAACCAAUUAGUUCUUAUGUUGAAACAGCAGAUGAUUCGGAUAAUGCAGAAGGAACAACAGAGGAAGAAAUGUCACAUCUUCCGACAGAUAUGUCUAUUUCAUUAGAAAUUCAUACGGAAGAAUAUUCUCUAUCUGAAGAGGAUUUACAAGAACAAUCACGACCAUCUUGUAUUCCUGGUCAGAGUACAUAUUAUUCGGAAGUUUCACAACAGCUAGGUAGAAAAAGGAAAAGGGAACAUGAAGAAAUGGAUACAGAAGAUAUAAUAAAGUUUAAGGCACCACAUCUUCCGACAGAAGAACCUACUCCAUUAGAAGUUGAAACGGAAGGACCUUUUUUGUCUGUAGAUGUAUCAAAAGAACAAUCCCAACCAUCUAGUUCUUCUACUGAGACAAGACAAGAUUUGGAUGAUUCACAACGGCAAAUUGGUUCUAGUAAAGAGAAAUAUGCCGAAACUUCUAUAGAAGAAACAGUGGAGACUGAAGAGUCACAUAUUUUGGCAGAAGAGACAACUUUACCAGAGGUUGAAACGGAAGAACCUUCUCUGGCUAGAGAUGUUCCACAACAAGAAUCACAACCAGUUAGUUCUCCUGCUGAGACAAUACAUGAAUUAGAUUUUCCACAAAAGGCAAGUAAAUUAAGGAAAAGGUCAUAUGCAAGAACGGAUAUGGAAAUAGGUAGUUUACAAGAAGGAGGUAGCUCACAACAAGCAGAUAGUUCAGAAGAAGCAGAUAGCUCACAAAGGGAAGUUAUAAAAAGAAGAAAACGUUCUGAUUCUUCUUUAACAACAGAUGAAAAUAAAAGUAAAAAAAUUGGAUUGGAAGAACCUUCUUCGUCUGUCCCAAAAGAACAAUCCAAACCAGUUGUUUCUUGUGGUAAGACAAAACAUGAAUCAGAUGUUCCACAAAGUGCAGCAAGUAGGUUAAGGAAAAGGUCAUAUGAAGCAACAGAGUCCAAAGUAGAUAGUUCAGACGAUCCUGGUGUCUCAUAUCAAGCACAUAGUUCACAAGAAGAAGAUAGUUCACAAAAAAAAAAGAGAAAAAUGAGCGACGAUGAGCUUGUACAAAGUCCCUAUAAUCCCAAUCAACAGGUUCCUAGAUCUCAAAUAGAUGAGCAUGUAAAUACAUGUAAAUUUUUGAUUGGUCCUAAUCAUGAUAUUGAAAUUACAAUGACAUACUACGAUGAGACAAAACCCUUAACAUCUUACCAGAAGUCACUUCAGGAGGGGAGUUCACUACAGGAUAGAAGUUCACAACAGGGAGGAAGUGAAAUGGCAAUUCUUCCAAUUUCUGAGGGUAAAUCUCCUCAAGAAUGGAGAUCACCAGACAAACCAGUAAAACAGCUAAGACCUGACCCAAAACUGCUUCAAAGUAGUGAAAUCUCAGAUGAAAAAGAUAUAGACUUAUGUGGAUCAGAAUGUUGUUUGGACAAUAAGGCGAGAUUACGGAUGACAGACAUAUGUAAAAAAAGAUAUCAUAAAAUGGUAAAUAAGAAAAGCAAGUCACUUAAGAAACUAACAUUAGACAGUCAUACUGAUGACACUUCUUCAUCAAGCACUGACUCGACAUUUUCACUUCAUGACACUAUGCCACAUAAAAAGAGAAAAAUUACACAUAAUUUGGUUGAAGAAUAUAUGGAACAAAUGGCUCCUGCUUCACAAGAUGAAUCUAGUUCACAACAAGCUUCAUUAGAAGUUCCAAUGGACGAAUCUUCUUUGUCUGAAGAGGUUUCACAAGAACAAUCAGAUCCCAUUAGUUCUUAUGCUGAAUCAACAGAUGAUUCGGAUGAUACAGAAAAUCAAAGAAUGAGAAGGGACAUGAAACAUGAAGAAAUGUAUACAGAAGAAACAAAGGAUGUAGGAAUGUCACAUUUUUCGACAGAAGUGACUACUCCAUUUGAAGUUCAAAUGGAAGAAUCUUCUUUGUCUGAAGAGGAUUUACAAGAACAAUCACAACCAUCUAGUUCUUCUAAAGCGCCAACACAUUAUUCGGAUGUUUCACAACGACCAAAAAUGAUUGGUAAAAGGAAACAUGAAAAAAUAAUAAUAGAAGAAACAAAGAAGCCUGAAAGAUCACAUACUUUAUCAGAAGUGACUAGUCCAUUAGAAGUUGGAUUGGCAGGACCUUCUUCGUCUGUUCCAAAAGAACAAUCAAAACUAGUUAGUUUUCCUGCUAAGAAAAUACAAGAAUCAGUUAGUUCAGAACGGCAAAGCAGGUCUAGGAAAAAGAAAUAUGAAGAACUAAUGGAGAUGGAUCCGGUUAGACCAAGACACCGAAGUAGGUCUAGGAAAAGGAAAUAUGCAAGAAUGCAUAUAGAAGAAAAUAAGGAAGCUAAAAGGUCACAUCUUUCGACAGAAGAAACUACUCCAUUAAAAGUAGAAAUGGAAGAACCUUCUUUGUCUGGAGAUGUUCCAUAA